UUUUACAUCUUACAUUAGUAAUUUUGUUAAUUUAUUAGAAUAGGUUAGGUUAGAUUAGAACGUGGGUCCCCACUGCGGCCAUCUUGGACUACCUAGGUAAACAUUAACCAAGGAAUGAUUUGAAUAUGUUUACUGAUCGAAUGCUAUUUUUGUAGGCGACGUUUCAUUUUAAAACUUCAAAACCCGACGGAACCGUCAUCGACGACAGCAAAUGUCUGAAGAAGCCGAUGGAACUGAUAUUUGGUAAGCAGUUCAAGAUGCCAAUAUGGGAAGAAUGCCUGAAGAGCAUGAGAAUUGGAGAAAUAGCACAGUUUGACAUCCAGAAAAACUUUGUAGAUGCUUAUCCUCUGGUGUCGAAGAGUUAUAGGCAGUUUGCAGGUGUGUGGAAAGGUGACACCAGUUCUCACUGUUGUGGAUUUACUGGAAUGAAGGAAGGGCUUGGACAUCCCGACCUUGAUGGCAUAAUGAAAAAGCCGACAGAUUUGUCGUUUAUUUUUGAGUUAAUCAGCGUCAAUGCACCCGGUGAUUACGAAAAGGAAUCGUGGGCCAUGGAUCCUGAGGAGAAACUUCAGUCCAUACCUUUACUUCAGGAACAGGGAAAUGAAUUUUACGGACAGAAGAAAUAUAAGGAGGCUUCCGAAAAAUAUGCAGAAGCAUUAAAUCGUCUAGAACAACUCUUGUUGAGGGAGAAACCAGGUGAAGAGGAAUGGUUAGAGUUAGAGAAGUUAAAAAUCCCUCUUCUACUGAAUUUUUCCCAGUGUAAACUUGUGGAAAAGGAUUAUUACCCUGUUAUUGAACAUACUACUACUGUUCUAAAGAAAGAAGAAGAUAAUGUUAAAGCGCUAUUCAGGAGGGCCAAGGCUCACGUAGGUGCAUGGAACCCAGAAGAGGCUCGUGCCGACUUCCGGCGGGUGGCAGAACUGGAUCCCAGCUUGAGUAACGUCAUUAAAAAUGAACUAAAGCUUCUGGAUCAAGCUGAAAAGAAGAAGAACCAAGAAGACAAAGCAAAAUUGUGUGGUAAAAUAUUUUCCUGACUAAAGCAUCUGUUUAUUUGUAAAUUGUAACAAUAUAUCAACAGUCCUUUAGCAAGUCAUAUUUAUAAGCCAAUUCUUGAUAGAAAAGAGCAAACUUUUCCAUAUUUACGUUUUAACUCGCAAGUCAAAAUUGAAAAAUCGAGGAACUUGCCUCAUUUUACAUUUAUAUAUAUUGUGAACAUGAGAAAUAAUACUAGAAAAAGUUUAUUUGUAUCAUUGUUGCUAUGCUUUUGUAUAAAUUGUAUAUAUAAUAUAUUGUAACUAGUCAUUUUCGUUACAAAUAAUUGCAUCAUUGUUAAAAAUGUUCAUUGUAUCUUGCAUAAUAAA